AUGGGCUCAAUAGCACAACUCUCUACCCUUGCAACGAAGAGUGAUUGCUCUCAGGUCUACGGCUCUCGCUAUGCCGCCAGACCUUUGCCAUCCCAACGACUUCCAGAUGGAGAGAUGCCAAAAGACGUAGCUUACCAGCUCAUCAAAGACGAUCUUGUACUUGAUGGCCAACCCAUGUUGAAUCUUGCCAGUUUUGUGACAACCUACAUGGAGGAUGAAGCCUUGAGACUCCUCGCAGAAUCCGCCAACAAGAACAUCAUUGACCACGAAGAAUACCCCAAAUCCGUUGAAAUCGAACACCGAUGCCUGAACAUUCUAGCCGACCUUUUCCAUUCUCCCAUCUCAAACGGAGCACCAACAGCCGUUGGCACAGCAUGCAUUGGAUCAUCCGAAGCUAUCAUGCUAGCAGUCCUAGCAAUGAAAAAGAAAUGGCAGAACAACCGCAGAGCCCAGGGAAAGGAGUUCUCCAAGCCAAACAUCAUCAUGAGCACCGGGGUGCAACUGUGCUGGAAAAAGGCCAGCAAAUACUUCGAUCUCGACGAGAAACUGGUACCAUGUACCGAGACACGCUAUGUGAUUGAUCCCACUCAGGCGGUUGACCUGGUUGAUGAAAAUACUGUUGGCAUCUGUGUUAUUCUGGGCACCACGUAUACCGGACAGUAUGAAGAUGUUCAAGCCAUCAACAACCUUCUCGUUCAACGAGGAUUAGAAACACCUAUCCAUGUAGACGCUGCCAGCGGUGGAUUCGUGGCUCCGUUCGUCAAUCCCGAGUUGCAAUGGGACUUCCAGCUCUCAAACGUUGUCUCCAUCAAUGUCUCCGGACACAAAUACGGAUUGGUAUACCCAGGCAUUGGCUGGGCCCUCUGGCGCUCCCCUGCCUAUCUUCCAGAAGAUCUCAUCUUCAACAUCAACUACCUAGGUGCGGACCAGCUGAACUUCACCCUGAAUUUCUCCAAACCAGCUUCACACAUCAUAGCCCAAUACUACCAACUCAUCCGACUCGGUCGGAGCGGAUACACAGCAAUCAUGGCCAAUCUCACCAAGACAGCAGACCACCUAACGACCCGGCUAAAAGAUCUCGGCUUCAUCAUCAUGAGUGAAGGAGGUGGCCAUGGACUCCCAGUGGUAGCAUUCAGACUGAAUCCCGCGCAAAACGUCUUUUUCGAUGAGUGGGCGCUUUCUCGGAAAUUGCGCGAGAAGGGCUGGAUUGUACCUGCUUACACUAUGGCGGCAGACUGUGAGUCUAUGGGCAUGUUGCGUGUUGUUGUCAGGGAAGAUUUCAGUUUGAGUAGGUGUGAGGAUCUGGUUGCGGAUAUACAGACUGCGUUGAGGGCCCUGGCGGAGUUGGAGAUGAAGAAUAUCCAGCGGUAUCAAGCGCUACUUCAGAGUCAUGCCAUGAUUCCGAAGACUAUGUGUGAGGAUAAACCUUGUAUGCAGUUUGUCGCGAGGGAGUUGAAUAAGGAGAUGACAAAAGCCUGA